AUGACAUCUACCCAAAGAAGCCAAACCAUCCACGCUCCCUCCGAGGAGCCCAUCCCCCCGCACCACAAAACCGUCUUCCUCGCCGGCACAACCACCGCCGUCGACGCCGCCCCCGACUGGCGCGAAACCCUCUCCGCCUCCCUCUCCCCGCACCCCGUAACGAUCUUCAACCCGCACCGCCCCGACUGGGACGCCACCUGGCGCGAGGACAUCGCUUUCCCCCCCUACCGCGAGCAAGUGCAGUGGGAGCUCAGCAGGCAGCGCGCCGCCGACCUCGUCGUCGUGUACUUCCACCCGGCGACGCUGGCGCCCGUCAGCCUGCUCGAGCUCGGGCUCUGGGCGAGGGUGCCCGGGAAGGUUGUCGCGGUCGCGCCGGAGGGGUACAGGAAGAGGGGGAAUGUGCAGAUGGUGUGUCGGGAGUUUGGGGUGAGGUUCUUGGAGAGGGUGGAGGAGGUGUAUGGGGUGGUUGUGGAGAGGCUGGGACUUGAGUGA